AUGAGGAAGGACGAACCGGAGGAGGGCGACCCCUGGGACCCCCUCGCGCUCCGAUUCGCUGACUCGGACCGCGAGGCGGCCUUCCGGGCUCUGCGGGCCCGGAGGACCUCCACCGAGUCAGACGGCGCCUGGAGGGCGGGGCGCCUGACGUCUGUCGCCAUCGCCUACGCCCUGGUCGUCGCCUCCGGAGGCGCGGGGGCUCCCUUCCGAAACAUCGCGGCAGUCCACCUGACGAUCGACCUCCUCCACGCUCUGGGCCACUGGCACAAGGUGGCUUGGCUCCAUCGGCGCAUUUUCGCCGUUCAUUUUCCCAGUUUCGCCAUCACAGUCUGUUUCCUGUGCGCCACUGGCGGCACAUUCGCCCUGGCGCUGCAGACGCUGGAUCCGCCGAGGGAUGUGCCCGCCGCCUUCGCCGCGCGCCUCGCGGCGUGCGCCGCGAUGGGCAGCCUGGCAUGGCUGCCGCACGAACGGCUCUUCAUUCGCACCCAAGCCGCCCUGAGCUCCGUGGCCGCAAUCGUGGGCGUUGGCUGGUCGUCGGGAACGAUCUGCAUCGCUUGGUGCAGCGGCGGCGCCUUCGAUCAGAUCGCGAAGGGGGUAUUUGCAAGAGUCGAUGCCUGGGUGGCCUCGGCGGCCCUGUCGUGGCCCUUGUCGCUCGGAGGCGGCUUCGGGCCUCAAGGAGGGCAGCAGAUUGGCAAAAGGCAGGACUGCUGGCUCGUGGCGGCCUUUCUGCACCUGGUGCUCUGCGCGAUAGUGCCGCUGGCGGUGGUGUACCUUUUGGAGUUCAGGGAGAGGGUGGACUUCCUGCUGGCGUCGGAUGACAGUCUGGGCGAGCGCCAGCGCAGGAAGUACGCGGGAAUGAAGAUUGGGCAGACCCUGCUGGUGGUGUGGGCAUCUGCCAUGCUGGCCGUCACGGCGUGGCAGGGCCUGCAAGUAGCGCUGGACGUGAGCAGCCUCUUCCAGGAGCAGGUGAUCGGCCAGGCGUGCGCGGAGAAAAUGGACUGA